AUGUUCGCAGUCGUCUUCAUAAUAUCCAUCCUCGUUGCGUUCGGUAUUCAAUUCAUCGGAAAAUCUCUAAGGCAUCCAUUGAACCGUUUUCCUGGGCCUCAAUUGGCAAGGUAUACGACCUGGUACAGAGCUUACUAUGAGCUCAUCAAAAAGGGUGGCUGGCUGAGGCAGCUUGAAGUGCUUCAUGCUAUAUAUGGACCUAUCGUGAGGGUGGGACCCAACGAAUUACACUUCAAUGAUCCUCGUGCAUAUGGUGAAAUUCACGCUCCGGGGUCUCGUUUCCACAAAGAUGCUGCUUUGUACAGUAUCUUUGGAAAUAAGUCAGGAUCUGUAUUCACCACAUUGGACCCUCAGGUUGCAGUCGUGGUCAGGAAUGUACUUUCUCCGUACUUUUCACGACGCGCCAUCGUCCCAAGAGUUGCAAUCAUACAAGAAAAGGUCAUUGAUUUCAUCUCUCGGUUGAAAGCCCAUACCUCUGGAUCUGGAAAAGCGAUCAACCUGGACCACGCCGUUCAUUCAGUGGCAUUGGAUGUCCUCACUUCGUUGAUUUUCUCCAAACCAUUUCAUGUCCUCUCCGCUCCCGAGUUCGACCAUCCGUUCAUUCGGCAUAUCGAACCAACUUACACGAACAUUUGGAUCAAGAAAUAUCUUCCAGACAUGAACACUCCUUUCCUGGUAGCAUUCACGCGUUUUACGUCGAAAUUUAAUGCUGUAGCGAAUGUCUUCGCGGCCCAACUUGAGCUAGUCAAAGAAGACCUUGAUCUCGCGCUGCAGGACGUUGAGGUUCUUCGUGACGGAAAUUCUAGCUCUAUGCGGAAAUCAAUGAGCUCCCCUAAUACAUUGAAACGAUUACAGCAAUUACUCGGACGCAAUCGACUCAUUGGUGAAGGAUUCAACUUGCGCUUUGCAGGAACGGACACUAUAGCGAAUACGUGUGUAGUUGGCAUUAGGUAUCUCCUGUCGCAUAAAGAUAUUCUGGAACGCCUGGUGAAGGAGCUUGAUGAAGCAUGGCCGCAAGAUGAUGAUAUCGCCUACGAGGAUUUGGAGAAAUUGCCGUAUCUGACUGCAGUAAUCAAGGAAAGUCUUCGUUUGUCUCAUGGAGUCGUCACCCCCUUGGGAAGAGUUGUCGGUCCGGAAGAUGCUAUGAUAAUGGAUGAAAGUAUCCCGACUGGUACAAUUGUAGGAAUAUCAUCUGUGUUCGUUCAUUUGAAUACGAAUCUCUUCCCUCAACCUACCAAGUUCAAUCCUGAAAGGUGGUUGAAGGAGUCGCCAUCGAGGACAUAUCUCGUGAGCUUCAGUCGGGGACCACGAAGCUGCAUCGGCAUUCAUCUUGCUUGGUGCGAGCUAUACAUCGUCUUCGGAUUCCUCUUCCGAAAACUAGAGUUUGUUCCUGUAACUGAAUUGGACCCUAACCAACCUCUUCAAUUCAACGAUUUCUUUAUCCCAACUUAUCCGGGAGAUCCAUUGCUUGUCACCGCCAGAGAAAGAACGAUCUCUCACAAUUGA